GAAAUCGGCUCCAGGAACCCCUGUUUCUGGGAAGAGGUCUCCAACUCUGAGUCGGGUGCUCAAUGCUUCCUUGUCACCAUCUCGUCUGUUCAGAUCAUUGGGAUGUCUCCCAUGGAUAACUUUUUCCUCCAUAGUGAUGAAUAAUUUUUCUAAGUUGGCCUCUCAUUUAAGUUUUCUGGUCUGUAUUUCUUAUCAGAAUUGCAUAUACCUGCAUGGUGUGCUGAAUCCUGUUUAUUUUGUAUGAAAAUGUAUACUUUAGAAAUCUUAUCAGACAGUUGGGUGACUUUUUUUAAUGUCUGUUAUAGCUCUUUCUCCUUCUGCCCUCGGUAGUGUUAAUCUAAGUGUGUUUGAGUGUAAAUAGUCUUUUCUAAAUUUGUCAUUUCAGUUUUUACUUUUCUUUGUAAAGUUUCCAGAUUGGAGGGGACCAAGAUAUUUCAAAAAUUCAAUUCAAAUUCAAGAAAUUUAUUGUCAUUCUAACCAUACAUCAGCUCUGCAGGGCAGAAUGAGACAGCGUUUCUCAGGGGCAGUGCAAUCAUAACAUAACAAACACAACACUAAAUUAUAAACAUAACAAUAAAUAGUAAAACACAGCAGCCACAUGUCAAUUAAAAUCAAGUUAUAGGUGUCCAGUGCAAGUUAAAAGUGUCCAAAGCAGAGUCAGGUAGAGCAGCUAUUUAGCAGUCUGACUGCCUGUGGGAGGAAGCUGUUUAGUAGUCUUGUGGUUUUAGUUUUGAUGCUCCUCUAACGUUUGCCUGAUGGCAGAAGAACAAACAGUUCAUGGAGAGGGUGUGAGGGGUCUUUAAUGAUGUACCGUGUCUUCUGGAGGCAUCGACUCUGAAAGAGAUCUUGGACAGAAGGUAGGGAGACCCCAAUAACCUUCUCUGCUCCCCUAACCACCCUCUGCAAGGCUCUUUUGUCGACAGCACUGCAGCUGGAGUACCAGGUUGUGAUGCAAAAGGUCGGCACACUCUCAACCACGCCUCUGUAGAAUGUAGUUAAGAUGUUAGUGGGGAGUUUACCUAAGGAAUACGAUAAUAUGGGUACAGCGCAAGUGUUUAUUGCCUUUGUUGUAGGCAUUGAUCCUGUGGAUAAGGCAUUAAUCACGUGGACAGAGUUGAAAUGGCUAACAUGUGGGGGCAUAAUCUUAUGGUGCUUGGAAAUGGGUGCAAAGGGGAUGUCAGUGGUAAUUUUUUUCACAAAGAGCAGGGUAGGUGCGUGGAAUGCACUGCAGGAUAAGGGGGUGGAGGCGUAUACAAUACGGUCUUUUAAAAGGCUCUUAGAUAGGUACAUGGAGCUUAGAAAAAUAAGGGGCAAUGCGGUAGGAAAAUUCUAGGCAUUUUCUAGUGUAGGUUCCGUGGCCGGCUCACCAUUGUGGGACGAAGAGCCUGUAAUGUUCUGUUGGUUUCCAUUUUCUCUGUUCUGUUUGCUAUACCAUGGAGAUUUGCCUUGAAGUAAAUGUUGUUAAAAGUUUUCCUUUUUGCACUAUUUUUCUAUUUUCAUUGUCUUUUGGUACUCCAGAUAGCUGGGUGUCCAGAGCUCUGAUGAAGGGUCUUGGCCCAAAAUGUUGAUUCUCAUCCAUAGAUGCUGCCUGACCUGCUGAGCUCCUCCAGCACUUUGUGUGUAUUGCUCCAGACUUCCAGCAUCUGCAGUGUCUUGUGUCCCAGAUACUUACAUGUUUAUUGAAAGGACACGCAGGUGAAAAAUAACAAGAAAUUUGUCUACGGGAAUCUCAACCACAACACACUCGUUUUGCUGUCUUUGUCUAGAUAUUUAAAAAGUGGAGCAGGGGAUUCACUCGAUCAUCCUUCCUGCUCAGAUAGUGGGAAUGGUUUCCACUGGUCAUUUCAACUGAAGGUACAUCAGCAAGUUCACACUGGGCAAGGCCAUUCACCUGUUCUGUGUGUGAGAGCGGAUUCAGUCGUCUUCUCACGUGUGGACACACCAGUCAGUUCACACUGGGCAGAGGCUGGUCAUCUGCUGAAUUUGUGGGGAAGGAUUCACUCGGUCAUCUGACCAAAUGGCUCACCAGCGAGUUCACACCGGGGAGCGGCCGUUCACCUGCUCGGAUUGUGGGAAGGGAUUCACUUGCUCAUCUAAACUGAAGGUACAUCAGCGAGUUCACACUGGAGAGAGGCUGUUCACCUGCUCAGAAUGUGGGAAGGGGUUCACUUGCUCAUAUAAACUGAAGGUACAUCAGAGAGUUCACACUGGGGAGAGGCCAUUCACCUGCCCAGACUGUGGGAAGGGAUUCACUCAGUCAUCCACCCUAAUGGCACACCAGCGAAUUCACACCGGGGAGAGGCCGUUCACCUGUUUGGACUGUGGGAAGGGAUUCACUUGCUCAUCCCAACUGAACGUACACCAGCGAGUUCACACUGGAGAGAGGCCAUUCACCUGCUCAAUCUGUGGGAAGGGAUUCACUUUGUCAUCUCAGCUACUGAUACACCAGUCAGUUCACACCGGGGAGUGGCCAUUCACCUGCUCGGACUGUGGGAAGGGAUUCACUUACUCAUCCCAACUGAAGGUACAUCAGCGAGUUCACACUGGGGAGAGGCCGUUCACUUGCUCAGUCUGUGGGAAAGGAUUCACUUUGUCAUCUCACCUACUGACACACCAGUCAGCUCACACAGGGAAAUGGCCAUUCACCUGCUUAGUCUGUGGGAAGGGAUUCACUCGGUCAUCUAAACUGAAGGUACAUCAAAGAGUUCACACAGGAGAGAGGCCGUUCACCUGCUCAGACUGUGGUAAGAGAUUCAAUCGGUCAUAUAAGCUGAAGGUCCAUCAGCGAAUUCACACUGGGGAGAGACCAUUCACCUGCUCAGACUGUGGGAAGGGAUUCACUCAGUCUUGUCAACUGAAGGUACAUCAGAGAGUUCACACUGGAGAGAGGCCAUUCACCUGCUCGGACUGUGGGAAGGGAUUUGCUUCAUCAUCUCAACUGAAGGUACAUCGGAGAGUUCACACUGGAGAGAGGCCAUUCACCUGCUCGGACUGUGGGAAGGGAUUCUCUCAGUUAUCCACCCUAAUGGCUCACAAGCGAGUUCACACCAGGGAGCGGCCGAUCACCUGCUCGGACUGUGGGAAGGGAUUCGGUUGCUCAUUGAAACUGAAGGUACAUCAGCGAGUUCACUCUGGAGAGAGGCCGUUCACCUGCUCAGACUGUGGGAAGGGAUUCACUCGAUCAUCUAAACUGAAGGUACAUCAGAGAGUUCACACUGGAGAGAGGCCAUUCAUCUGCUCAGACUGUGGGAAGGGAUUCACUCGGUCAUCCACCCUAAUGGCUCACCAGCGAGUUCACACUGGGGAGAGGCCGUUCACCUGCUUGGACUGUGGGAAGGGAUUCACUUACUCAUCCCAACUGAAGGUGCAUCAGCGAGUUCACACUGGGGAGAGGCCGUUCACCUGCUCAGUCUGUGGGAAGGGAUUCACUUCGUCAUCUCAACUGAAGGAACAUCAGCGAGUUCAUACUGGGGAGAGGCCAUUCACCUGCUCAGAGUGUGGGAAAGGAUUCACUCAGUCAUCCCACCUACAAGCACACCAGUCAGUUCACACAGGGGAGAGGCCAUUCACCUGCUCAGUGUGUGGGAAGGGAUACACUCGGUCAUUUCAACUACAGAGACACCAGCGAGUUCACACUGGGUAGCGGCCAAUCUCCUGCUUAGACUUUGAGAAGAGAUUCUGUCAGCCAAAUCAACCAAAUGUGCAUCACUGAGUUCACACUGGGGAGAGGCCUUUCACCUGCUGUGAAUGUGGGAAGCAGCUCACUUAGUUAUCUAACCUUAUGUAACUCUCGCUUCGGCUAGCAGCGUAGUAUAGGGGGUAAUAGCCUCCCAGCCCGGCCAAACUUAGAAAAUCUCAUUUGGGUGGAUGCUGCAUGGUGUGUCACCUGUUACAAAUCAGUACCCCGAAAUAACAAACGGUACACAAUAUGUGAUUAAACGAUCGAGCUUUGUAAUUCUUACUUUGACUAUAGGGUUAGUAAAAAAAACAAAAAAAAAGAAAAAGGAAUGCACAUCAAAGUUGCUGGUGAACACAGCAGG